AUACCGGGAAAUCAGAACGGGGGUGAUGAACUCUCAUCUUCUGUCUUGUCUAUGUAUGGGAAUUAGGACACAGGAAUUCUAUUAGUGGAGACUAAACUUCUCUAUAAAAUCUCCAGGUGACAUUAGUAAGCCGUCAGACUCACUGGAGCCAUGUAUGUGGACAUUUGUUGAAGUGUGAACCUGGAAUGGUUACGUUAAUUAGUCCUUUCUGAUAGCUAUUAUCCAAGUUUUUGGUUCCUCCUUUGAUGUGAUUCACACUUGCAUAUGCAACAAGCUAUAAAGCAGAAACUCAGCAUGGACCAAGGGCUUAAGCACACACAGGACAAAACUGAUAGGUCCAGCAAACACACAGUGGUCUUCAGCAUGGUCAGACAAAGGUUUUCCAUAGACUUUAUCCUAACAGGGAGUAAAGAGGACACUUUGGCCGGGAAAGAUGACUCCAAACCACACAUUCCUUGUGUGCCACAGCCACUGCCCCCAUGUAAAUUUACAGAAAGGUCCAACCAAGCCAAAAGGAAAACGGAACGUAUGGAAACGUGUGGAGAUUCUCAAACCUUUAAGAACAUUUCUUCAGAUCAAGAGACAUGUCCAGAGCAAGUUGUAUCUUCCACAACUGAUUUAGCACUGCACAGGGAUUGGGGAAGUUCUGACGAAUCCACGCCCGCCUGCUCAGAAGAUGAGAGUGAACAGAUUGGUUCUCAUAGUCCAGAGAGAGGUCAGCCUGAAGAUGAUGACCAUGGAGAAGCUAGCCUUAAGAGUGAGAUGCAACGGAGGAUGAGAACAGCAUUCACCUCCCAGCAGAUCUGCAAACUUGAGGAGAUGUUCAAGAAACAGAGAUACCUGGGAGCCUCUGAGAGAAAGAAAUUAGCAAGUUGUCUACAGCUGUCCGAAAUUCAGGUGAAAACGUGGUUUCAGAACCGGAGGAUGAAACUGAAAAGGCAGAUGCAAGACCACCAACAUCGUAUGACCGCCUCUUCUGUCUACUAUCCCCACCCAAUGCCUUUUUAUCACGGAACUCCAGUAAAUAAUUUGCAUUUUUACCAAAAUCCGGCUUACCAAACUCCAGAAUCAUCGUACACCUAUGAUCCAAGAUUUUUACCCACGCCAAUUCCUUCCCAAGCUGUCAUGAACAAUAGUCAUUUUGAACAAUUUAAUCCAUAUUACAACAAUCGUUAUAUUUGAUAUAUUGAUCAAAUGUUCUACAAAAGCCUUAUGAACGAAAUCACUGACAUCAUGGAAUAUACGUGUAAAGAUGGUGUAAAUUGUACAGUAAUAAUCUAUUUUUGGAUGUUCUGUUUUCAAUGUGUCAAAUCCGAUUAUCUAUGUGCAUAUGUUAAUAUAUGAUUAUGUUCUGUGUCCUUUUUCUGUCUUUGUUACAAAUAGUGUUAUCUAUUUAUAUGUUCCAAUUUUUAAAUGUUAUCUUCUUAUAAACUGUGUUGUAGUGUUGUUGGUGCUAUACUGAACUGAUUAACAGUCAAGUAGAGCCUUAAA